AUGCAUACACUUGUAGCUGACAUGAAGGAGAAUGAUAUUCGGCCCAGUGCUGUAACUUUUGUGAUUCUUAUCAAUCAGCUAUGGAGGCAAGAAGAAGGGUUGCGUUUGAUGGAUCGGAUGAGGUCCAUGAAGGGAUUGGCACCUAAUGUAUUUACUUAUAAUUGCUUGAUUGAUGGAUUUUGUAAUUGUGUUGACAUUGAGAAAGGGAAGGAGUUGUUUGAUCAAAUGAAUGAAGUGGGGGUUUCACCUAAUGUGAUCACUCUUAAUAUAUUAGUGGAUGGUAUGUGCAGACAUGGGAGGAUCAAUGGUGCACUCAAUUUCUUCUCUGGUAUGCAGGGAAACAGGUUGAAAGGCAAUGCAGUUACUUAUACUACCCUAAUUACAGCUUACUGUGACAUCGACCAUAUCGUUAAAGCGGUUGAUCUGUUUGAUCAAAUGCUGGCAAGUGGAUGCUCUCCGGAUGCUAGCGUUUACCACAGAUUGAUAUCUGGUUUGUGCAAAGCUGGAAGGAUGGAUGCUGCCAGCAAUGUUUUGUCGAAGCUGAAAAAAGUUGGGUUCCGCCCUGACAUUGUAUUCUACAAUUCGCUUGUUAGAGGGUUCUGCAAGAAAAACAUGGUUGAUAAAGCGUAUGACAUCAUCAAGGAAAUGGAAGAAGCAGGAGUGAAGCCUAAUAGUGUCUCAUAUAACAGUUUGAUUGCUUAUUUUUGUCAAAAUGGGAAUUUCGGACUUGCUCGCGAAGCAAUGGAAUGGAUGAUUAACGAAGGUCAUGUCCCUACUAUCGCCACAUACGGAGAUCUAAUUCACGCAUACUGCUCAAAUGAAAAUAUUAAGGAAGCAAUGAAGCUCUUCAAUGACAUGAGUUCCACAUCAAAGAUUCCUCCAAACACCAUAACAUACAACAUUCGUAUAGAAUCUCUCUGCAACAACAAUGACAUCAAUGGUGCACUCUUUCUGGUGGAUGACAUGAAAGCAAAAGCGGUGAAGCCUUAUUCCGACACAUAUAAUGCAAUGUUUAAAGGCCUUAAAGAGAACAAUUUGUUGGAAGAUGGCUUUAGAUUGAUGGACGCCAUGAUUGAGCAUGCUUGCAAGCCUGAUUAUAUAACCAUGGAGAUUCUCACGGGGUGGCUUUCUACUGUUGGUGAAUCUGGAAAAUUAACAAGCGUCAUACAAGGAUACAAGGUUUCUCCCCUUAGUGAAUAG